AUGAUGCGUUACACGCCGGUGAAAUCUGCCCCGGUGGCUCCCUCCCUCGCGGCUGCCAGCCACAUUCCCCUGAGUCAAGAGGGUAGCACUACAUACGACGUUAUUAGCGAGGCCGAACCUCCUUCUCGGGUCACCAAUGACCAACAAGAUCCCACCUCCAGCCCAGCCAGUCAAUUCCCAGCUAGUUUUACACCCGACAGUUCACAAAGCGGGAGUUCUAUAACAUGUUCGUCCCCAAGGGUCGAAGUCGCUGAAGGGAUAAAUGAAGAUAGUGUGAAAGAAGCUAUUCUGGCGGGGGUUGCGGGUGGUGUUGGUGAGAUAUAUCACUCUCCGCUCACAGAUGAGCUCUUUGCUGCAAGCCCAGCUGCGCUUGCUUUGGUUGAGUGUGGUCUCCUCGCCCGUAUUGCUCAGAUGGCUGUCAAUAUGCGUGCCUUAAAUGAGGACUUAGUCGCCAUACGGGCACGUCGGGAGCAGCUAGCUGCUUCGCGGGUUAUUACUGGCACAUCUCUGUCAGCCUGUUGA